GUAAUAGCGCGAUAUCACGCGCAUAUACGUAUAUAACAUUUAUGAUCUUUUUUUUGGACAAUUGAGCAAUAGACUAAGUCUGGACAUCUAGAGGCACUGAUACUCAACACUGGCCUUUACAGUGCAGCAUUGGUAUUAUUUAGUCAACCAAAUUGCGUUGUGCAGGUUAUAUGUCUACACAUUAUACCUGCAUAGCUCAGUCUAUAAUCUAGGAACACUAUGGAUGAGUAUGUACUGAACAACUUUGAUUGGAGUCCUUACAGCAACCAAGCUCGCAGUCGUUUCAUAGGCGGCAGCAAUGGUGUGCUCCAGUCAUCAGGUUUCAACAACCUGGUUACUGCUGCUGUUGUAUGUGGUAUAGUAGCCUGGGCAUUGCGUCUAUGGAUGGAAUUCAGGUCAUUACAUCACGUUCAGAAGCAGAUGAGUACUGUUCCUAAGAUAUUGCAUCUUAAGGGUAUGGCUGAAUUUGCAGGUGACCUUGUAACACUGACCCAUGAGCAUUUUAGUGCUGUAGUUAAAUUGAGGCACAACUUGUCGCCACUUCCAGUACCGCGUAUACACAUGCCUGCUACCAUUAUCGCAAGCUCGAUCCAUGUAGAACUUGAUGGCACAUCUGAGGAUUCCCCCUUGGACCCUAUGAGUGAUUCCGAGCCUACAAGCAUGUACCCAAGUAACCUGGAUAACCUAUGUGUCUCCUUUAACAUGGAUUGCAACAGGACAACGUUCGUUAGUGCUCAUUGGGGUGUUCCGGUGUCGGUAUUGCAGAAAAUAUGCGUAGGCACUAGGGAAGCCCAGGUUGAGCGUCCUAAUGAAAAAUUCAGUUUAAAGCGUUUUUUCCGUAGCUUGUUAUAUCCUAACUAUGAUGAUGGCUAUCAGGGUUUGUUGGAUUAUGACGAGAGCGUUGUGUUGGAUUCGCCUGAUGAUCGUGACGAGCGUUUUGGCAGGUUCAGUGCAUUGGCUCAUGCUGAUAAGCUGUGCACUUCUGAGGCUGUGUGCUACAGUGCUGGCGAAGGCGUGCGUUGCAAAGUCACGCCGCCCGUGAAGGCUUUUAGUGUAGAUGGAUUCCAUCGUUCAGUUUGGGAGAUUCUGUUAGAGCGCCGUUACAAUGGCGAGGAGAUUAUACCCUUGGUGAUUGUGUUAUACAGUCCUAGGAACCAUGACACUCGUGUAUUUGUUGAGGGUAAUGUGGAGUCAUAUCAGGGUAUAGCUGAGCUAACUAUGGUGGGUUUCGUCGGCAGGCUGGGCUUGCGUGAACGAUUACCACGAUCCUUUGGGAGUGCUGCUGGAGUUUCUGUUGACUUCAGUCGUCAGGUAUGCUUUUCCAAUGACUUUAGGAACCCUCAAGAGCCUCGUGACAUGUUUGGUAUGGGUGACGAUGCCGAUACGGACUGUUUAAUUUGUCUAUCCAACCGUAUGGACACGGUAUUACUUCCCUGUGGACAUGCAUCAUUUUGCUACACCUGCUUACAGUCUCUGCGUACUGAAAAAUGUCCUGUAUGCAGGGGUUCUUUCACAUCAUACAUCAAGUUUCCUUUAGUGCGGAACUCUAGUUGAUG